AGCAUCGGCGGAAAGUAGGUGAGGGUGGCACACUCGACGGUGCGCGUAGAGGAAACGAGCGGAACAUGUUCGGGUCGUACCACACUGGACGGAGCGGAGCGAUGGGACCCAACGCGGUGGACGCCGAGAUGGGCGUCCCGCAAGUGGCCACGGUGGCGGCCACUUCGUCCAUCAACGUUGUUCCCGGCCAGGCCUCGCCCACCCCCUCGCCCACCGAGCACUCGCCGCUGCUGGCGACUCCGGGCGGCGGGCGGAUCCAUGCUGCCGAAGCCAAGGAAGAAGAGACUCCCAAACAAGGUGUCCUGCCGGGGUACAUGACGCUGACGACGGCGUUUGUGGGUGGUGGCCUGCUUGCGCUGCCGUUUGGGGUGGCGCACGUUGGGCUCUGGCUGGGACUCGGCUGCCUCAUUCUGUUUGCAGCGAUGUCGGGGCACACGCUGCACUUGCUGGUGCGAACGCGGCGGAAGCUGGCGCCCAAGCACAACGUGCUGUAUCUGUCAGAGAUUGGACAGCUGGCGUAUGGCAAGGCUGGGGCGCGGGUGGCGUCGCUGGCGGCGUUUCUGACGCAGGCCGGCUUUUGCUGCGCCUACACCAUCUUUGUGGCAGACAACCUGCACUCGCUCAUUCCGCGAUUUGCAACCCACGAGUGGGUUGGCAUGGUCACGCCGGUCUUCAUCGCCCUCUCUUGGCUGCGCUCUCUGCGAGUCCUUGCGCCGACGUCGACUCUGGCUGUGGUGUGCGUCAUGGUGGUGGUGGCUGUUGUUUUCGAGUCGGGCUUUCGGCAUGAAGGCAUCCGCGAGCUCUCGAGCUACAAGGCGGCCGAUGUCACGAGCUUGCCGCUGUUCUGGGGCAUCGCCGCCUUUGGCUUUUGCGUCCACAACCUGGUGCUCCCGUUCGACGCCUCUGCGCGACGGCCCGAGGUUUCCGGUGCGACCAUCAAUGCGGCGGUGAGUACUGUGCUUGUCAUCUACACUGCCUUUGGCCUCUUUGGCUACUUGUUUUUUGGCUCUGCGACCAAGGCAGUCAUCACGCUCAACCUCCCGCACUCGGUCCUGGUCACGGUGGUCAAGAUUGCACUCUGUGUCGUUCUCACCUGCACUUUCCCCAUCCAGCUCUUCCCAGUCACAUGUGUGAUGGAGGAGGCGCUGCUCUCGUCGCGCAAGCUGCGCCCGACGUAUUGGCUGGAGCAGAAUGCGCUCCGCGCGGUCGAGGUCAUCAUCAUCUCUGGCGUUGCCAUCGCCAUCCCUCUCUUUGGCCUCUUCUCCUCGCUCAUGGGUGCAUUUUCGGUCUCGGCCGUGGUCUUUAUCCUGCCCACCCUCUUCUACCUCAAGCUCUUCUGGGCCGAGCUGACUACGUGGGACAAGAUCCUCAACGGCAGCAUCUUUGUCCUCGGCGCCGUCGGAUCGGUCGUCGCCACCGUCUUUGACGUCGCCGAGAUUGCGAACGCGCUCAAGUCGGGCAAGAGCCAGUAAAUGGACGUGACUCACUGC